AUAUAUAUAUAUAAACAUAAUUAUAAAGCCAGCCCAUUUUCUAUAAACGUCUCUCUCUCUGUGUUUCUCUUUCGUUCUCUCGUUCUUCUACUCGGAUCACAAUAAUGGGAAACACAUCUUCAUGCGCACCGUUGAUCAUAUCAACAAACUCAUCCUCAGGAGUAGUCAAAAUCUUGGCUCCAUUCACCGGAACUCUCGAAGUUUUCCCAAAACCCAUCAAAACCUCCGACAUCGUCUCUAGACGCUCCGGCCACUUUAUCACCGACUCAACUUUACUCCAAAUCGGCCAACGAGUCACCGCCGUAUCUCCCAACGAGUUUUUACGGCCGAGACGACAUCUCUACCUCCUCCUCCCGACCGACAUGCUCUUCUCUGUCUUAACACAUGAAGAACUCGCUCUCAUCUCCGACAAAGCCGCGGAGACACUCAACGAAAGCCGGUAUAGCCAUUUGAAGAGAAUAUUCCCUGUUUGCAUAUUUCCGGCGACGGGAGACAAAAGAAGAAACUCAUCAUCAGCUAAUGAUGAUGAUAAUCAUGAUCACGAUGGUGUGGAAAUAAGAGAAACCCUAGAUGAGAAGGUACUAUACGAAUCAAAACAUGGAUCUUGGAGGCCUAAGUUGGAGACGAUCGUGGAGAGCUAAAUGCCUAAAGUCUCGAGGAUCAUUAUAAUACUAUAUAUGUAAAAAAAUCAAUUUUCAAUCGUAGAUUAGUAUUUUGUUUUUUUAUUUAUUCUUGAUUUUUUGUCCGAGUUUUAAAGAGAAAUUGAGUCUUAAUUAUAUGGUUGUUCACGAUUUGAAAUUUCGUGUAGAUACGGUGAUUCAAAUAUUCAAUUGUGUAAUUAGGUCUGAUUAAUUUAUAAUGGACA